AUGGCCAAGGACGUCGUACCAUCUGUACACGCGCUCGAUAGACCCGAGAAGCUGCAAGAUCUCCUCAAAGAGGACCGCGGAGACGACUGUCUGCCCUGCAAGAUCGUUGGUGGCGGCGCGUUUCUAGGCCUGGCUGCAUACAGCUACAUCUCCGGGCAGUCCCAACUCGAGCAACAGAGGGCCAAGAUCCUGGCCAGCGGCUCACGGUUCGGCAUGCGCAGCAGGAGUUUCGGCAUCACGGCCAUCUCGCUCGGCCUUGCCUGGCUGGGUAUCUGGCGGCUGGUCAAAUGA